UGGGUUGGACUUGAGGAUCUAGCAGCCCGAUCUCACUUGGCCAGGCCAGCGACUGAGGGAAGGAGGGGGAGUCCCAGAUGCCCGCGACGACCCCUGUGGACCCGAGCGGCGCCAGCAUGGAGCGGGCGGCCGAGCUGCUCUUCUACGUGAACGGCCGCAAGGUGAUAGAAAAAAAUGUCGAUCCUGAAAUAAUGCUGUUACCAUAUCUGAGAAAGAAACUCAGACUCACAGGAACUAAGUAUGGUUGUGGAGGAGGAGGCUGUGGUGCUUGCACAGUGAUGAUAUCCCGAUACAACCCUGUCACCAAGAAGAUAAGACAUUAUCCAGUCAAUGCCUGCUUGACCCCAAUCUGUUCUCUGUAUGGGGCUGCUGUCACCACAGUUGAAGGCAUAGGAAGCACCAAGACCAGGAUUCAUCCUGUGCAGGAGAGAAUAGCCAAGUGUCAUGGCACACAGUGUGGAUUCUGCACUCCUGGGAUGGUGAUGUCCAUCUAUAGCCUCCUAAGGAACCACCCAGAACCCACUCUGGAUCAGUUAACGGAUGCCCUUGGUGGAAACCUAUGUCGGUGCACUGGAUACAGGCCCAUAAUCGAGGCUUGCAAGACUUUCUGUAAAACUUCUGGCUGCUGUCAAAGUAAAGAAAAUGGGGUCUGCUGUUUGGAUAAAGGAAUAAAUGGAAUAUCAGAAUUUGAGGAAGGAAAUGAGGCAAGCUCACCACUUUUUUCAGAAGAGGAGUUUUUGCCAUUGGAUCCAACCCAGGAGCUGAUAUUUCCUCCUGAGCUGAAGAUAAUGGCUGAGAAACAACAACAAAGGACUAGGAUUUUUGGUGGUGAUAGAAUGACCUGGAUUUCCCCAGUAACUCUGAAGGAACUUCUGGAAGCAAAAGCCAAGUACCCUCAGGCCCCUGUGGUCAUGGGGAACACUUCUGUGGGGCCUGAAGUGAAAUUUAAAGGAGUCUUUCACCCAGUUAUAAUUUCUCCAGAUAGAAUGGAAGAACUGAGCAUUGUGAAACAUGCAAGUGAUGGGCUGACAUUAGGUGCAGGACUCAGCCUGGCUGAGGUGAAAGACGUUUUGGCUGACGUGAUCCUCAAGUUCCCAGAAGAGAAGACACAAACACACAGGGCUCUGCUGAAGCAUCUGGGAACUCUGGCUGGGUGUCAGAUCAGGAGCAUGGCUUCUCUAGGGGGUCAUAUUGUGAGCAGGCAUUUUGAUUCAGAUCUGAAUCCUCUGCUGGCUGUGGGCAACUGUACCCUCAACUUAGCAUCAAAAGGAGGAGAACGACAGAUUCCUUUCAAUGAGCAGUUUCUCAGAAGGUGCCCCAGCACAGAUCUUAAGCCUGGAGAAAUCUUAAUCUCAGUGAACAUCCCUUAUUCUAGGAAGUGGGAAUUUGUUUCAGCCUUUCGACAAGCCCAGAGACAACAGAAUGCUCUCCCAAUAGUCAAUGCGGGAAUGAGAGUCUGUUUUGGAGAAGGGGAUGGCAUCAUUAAAGAGUUAGCCAUAUCCUAUGGAGGUGUUGGUCCAACCACCAUCUGUGCAGAGAAUUCCUGCCAGAAACUCAUCGGAAGGCCCUGGGAUGAAGCGAUGCUGGAGGCAGCAUGCCGGCUGGUUCUGGAGGAAGUAUCCCUUCCUGGCUCUGCUCCAGGUGGGAAGGUGGAAUUCAAGAGAACACUCAUCAUCAGCUUUCUCUUCAAGUUCUACCUGGAAGUGUCACAACUUAUGAAGAGGAUGGGUUCUGCUCAUUGUCCUAUCCUUGCAGACAACUAUAAGAGUGCUUUAGAAGCUCUUUACUCCAGACAUCCCUGGCGUACAUUUAAGUACCAGGAUGUAGACACAAAGCAGCUUCCUCAAGACUCGGUUGGCCGUCCCCUCAUGCAUCUGUCUGCAAUCAAGCAUGCCACGGGUGAGGCCAUCUACUGUGACGACAUGCCUGCAGUGGACCAGGAACUUUUCUUGACUUUUGUAACAAGUACAAGAGCUCAUGCUAAGAUUGUGUCCAUUGAUGUGUCUGGAGCACUCAGCCUGCCUGGUGUGGUAGACAUUGUGACAGAGGAACAUCUUCAAGGAGUAAAUGCAGUAAAUGCCUUCUGUUUUUUAACCAAGCCUGAGAAACUCCUAGACACAAGUGAGGUAUUCUGUGUGGGACAGAUUGUCUGUGCUGUCAUUGCCAAUUCUGAAGUUCAGGCAAAGCGAGCUGCCAAGGAGGUGAAGAUUGUCUACCAGGAUUUGCAACCAUUGAUCCUGACCAUUGAGGAAGCCAUUCAACACAACUCCUUCUUCGAGGAAGAAAAGAAGCUUGAGUAUGGGAAUAUUGAUGAAGCAUUUAAAGCUGUUGAUCAAGUUCUUGAAGGUGAAAUACAUAUGGGAGGCCAAGAACACUUUUAUAUGGAAACGCAAAGCAUGCUUGUUGUUCCUAAAGGGGAGGACCAAGAAAUUGAUGUCUAUGUGUCCACACAGUUUCCCAAAUACAUACAGGACAUAGUUGCUUCGACCUUGAAACUCCCAGCUAACAAGGUCAUGUGUCAUGUAAAGCGUGUUGGUGGGGCAUUCGGAGGGAAAGUGGUCAAAACCGGCAUCAUGGCAGCCAUCACUGCAUUUGCUGCAAACAAACAUGGUCGUGCCAUCCGCUGCAUUCUGGAACGAGGAGAAGACAUGUUAAUAACUGGAGGCCGCCACCCUUACUAUGGAAAGUACAAAGCUGGAUUCAUGAAGGAUGGCAGAAUCUUGGCUCUGGAUAUGCAACAUUAUUGCAAUGGUGGCUCCUCCUUGGAUGAGUCUCUACUUGUGGCAGAAAUGGGACUCCUGAAAAUGGAGAAUGCUUACAAGUUCCCCAACCUGCGCUGCCGGGUUUGGACAUGCAGAACCAACCUCCCCUCCAACACUGCUUUGCGUGGCUUUGGUUUUCCACAGUCAGGGCUGAUCACUGAAGCCUGUAUCACAGAAGUUGCAGCCAAAUGUGGGUUGCCCCCGGAGAAGGUUCGAAAAAUAAAUAUGUAUAAGGAAAUUGAUCAAACACCCUACAGACAGGAGAUUGAUGCUAAGAACCUGAUACGGUGUUGGGAGGAAUGCAUGGCCAUGUCUUCAUACUCCCUGAGGAAAGCUGCCGUGGAAAAAUUCAACUCAGAGAACUACUGGAAGAAGAAAGGACUGGCUGUGGUCCCCCUGAAGUUUCCAAUUGGCAUGGGAUCCUUGGCUGCUAGUCAGGCUGCUGCCCUGGUUCAUGUUUAUCUAGAUGGUUCUGUGCUUGUAACUCAUGGUGGGAUUGAAAUGGGUCAAGGAGUCCACACUAAGAUAAUUCAGGUAGUCAGUCGUGAGCUGAGAAUGCCGAUAUCCAAUGUCCAUCUGCGUAGUACAAGCACGGAAACUGUUCCUAAUGCAAAUGCCUCUGGUGGAUCUGUGGUGGCGGAGCUCAACGGUUUAGCAGUCAAGGAUGCUUGUCAAACUCUUCUGAAACGCCUUCAACCCAUCAUCAGCAAGAAUCCUCAAGGCACCUGGAAGGAUUGGGCACAGGCUGCCUUUAAUGAGAGCAUCAGCCUUUCAGCUACUGGAUACUUUAGGGGUUAUGAAUCAAACAUGAAUUGGGAGACAGGUGAAGGCCAUCCUUUUGAAUACUUUGUAUAUGGAGCUGCCUGUUCUGAGGUUGAAAUAGACUGUCUCACUGGUGGUCAUAAGAACAUCAGAACAGACAUUGUGAUGGAUAUCGGCUACAGCCUCAAUCCAGCCAUUGACAUAGGCCAGAUUGAAGGUGCAUUUAUUCAAGGCAUGGGGCUUUAUACAAUAGAAGAACUGAAGUACUCUCCUCAGGGUGUCCUGUACACUCGUGGUCCAAGCCAAUAUAAAAUCCCUGCCAUCUGUGACAUCCCCAUAGAACUGCAUGUUUCUCUGUUACCUCCAACUGAAAACUCAAACACCCUGUAUUCCUCUAAGGGUAUAGGGGAGCCUGCACUGUUCCUGGGAUGUUCCGUGCUCUUUGCCAUCCAGGAUGCAGUGAGAGCAGCGCGGCGGGAGAGAGGCUUGAGCACGCCAUUGGUAUCAACUAGUCCGAUGACCCCAGAGAAGAUUAGGAUGGCCUGUGAAGACAAGUUCACAAAAAUGAUUCCAAGAGAUGAGCCUGGAUCUUAUGUUCCUUGGAAUAUAUGCGUAUGAAUCGAAUUUAAACUUCUGCAGGAAGCAGACUAACUUUCCAGUAUAGCAAUCUCAUCAAUAUCUAUGUUUAAAAAGGCUAAGGAUCAAAGAUGAAUUUUCAUGGUUCUGAAAUAAUUUCAUAAAAUAUUUCUUUUAUUUAAUGCUGAUUUUAAAUGUUCCAUUUAGAUCUUGAUAGUUAUGUUUCAACCACUUAGAAGUCAUGUUUUAAAUGAUGUAAGUACUAACUGGUUUCUUUUAGAAUGAUAUUCUUCAUUAAUCAGUGCCUUAAAUUCAUUCAGUUUAAUGGAAUAGAAGAUGGUGAUUUAUUUGUGAUUCAUAUUUGACUUGUAUCUUCUAACAGAAAUUAUACUGUCUAAUGAAAGGAAA